AUGAAUUUAUCCGACGUUUUGCCAAUUAUAACUAAUGGCUCCUCCUGUGCUUCAGAAUUUGAAAUUGGGGAAAGAACUUCUUAUUCUUCUCGACUUAAUAUUUUUUUGCAUAAUUUGGUGAUAAUUUUGACAAUGGUAUUCACGAGAAAAGCGGUCAAAAUAAUGCUAUCAAAAAGUAUGUUCAGUACAACGACAAGGAACUUAUUAUUCUACUGUAUGAAUUAUUACAUUUUUCAUGAUAUCUAUUUUGCAUUUACAAUGAAUUGGUCUUUAUACCGGUCAAUAGAAAAAUCAAACAAUUCCUGUGGAAUAAUGUUCAAGGGAAGUGAAUGCUUUUCCUAUUAUGUUAUAGGAAUAUUUGUGCGGGUUCUUUUGCUUACAUCUCAGUUUGCAGUUACUAUUGAAAAACUAAUUGUAACAUUUCUCCCAAAUUCGGAUCUUAUUAACUCUGGAACAUUGAACAUUAUGACUUUUAUAAUGUCUGUUAUUAUUACAAGUGCGAUCAGGCCGCCAUCAUAUUCUCAAUACAAUAAUCCAAAUUGCUUCCAACAAAUUUAUCCCGAAAUGGAAACUAUAAAUUACCUAAUUCAUUUAAUGAUUGGAUUUGAUUUGAUUUGUUUUCCAAUCAAUUUCUUGAUAAUGAUUAGAUAUCGAAGGAAAUUUUUGAAGUCUCAGAACAGUGGUGAUUACAAUUUAAAAUCUCGAUAUAAUAACAAAAGUAACAUGAACUCAUCAAUUAUAGUGUCCUUCAUUUCUUUUGUGCAAACUCUUAUCUAUACGAUUUAUAUUCUUGGAUUCUUUAUUGUAUUAAACAUUUACGUAAAUGCAGAUGGAUUGUUUUAUGGAAAUAAUGUUGCGCUUUGGUUUUAUAGCUUCCCGAUAGCUGGCCUUGCACUUCCUUGUUCGAUAAUCCUUUCAUACACCGGAAUAUCUAUCAAAAGAAAAAACAAAAUAACAGUUAUGAACACAAAAAUAACAAAAUCCGGAAAUUACAUGCAAGAUGCAUAUUUCAAAAGUUUGGCAGACCAAUGGAAUUCUGCGAGAGUGACUGAAGUUGGAUCCUGA